UAUCUAACCACACGCAGCAUUUACAGCAACGAGGUGUGCUGCAGUCAUCGUAUGGUGCUCGUCUCUAAUCCUGAGGACGCUAAGUGUAGAGUGUGUUGUCUCCCACGCCCGCUGCAGCCUCGCCCACUGGCAUCCAUUUCUCUUCCCCCUCCAUGCACGUCGUCCCCAAUGCCGGGACUCCAGUGCCCUCUUAUCCCCCCCACUGAUUGCAAUUGGAUAUGCGGGGCCAGCGAACAGGCCGCAUAUCUGUGGUGAGUGGGUAUCGAUAUAAACCUUACCUUCUGCCUUCAAGUGCAGUUAGGUCUGGCCUCAGGCCUUCCCUCUCUUCUCUUCUCUUCUCCUUCCAAUCACUUUCUACAUUUUCGUCGCAACAACAUGGCUACUUUCUUACCUCCACCACGCACACCCUCCCCUAAAGUUCGCAUCCGCUCCCACUCCUUCGACUCGCCGUCUUCCCGCCUCAGCGUCACGCCAACCGAAGAGUCGAAAUCCACAACCGCAAUCCUCACACGCAGACACUCGAGCCGCGACGUUGUGCUGGACACACACCCCGCUGCCAUGAUCCCGCUCCGCACACAAAUAAGCAACGAGAGCUUGUCUAGCACCUCCACGACGAGCUCGCCCACCAACAUAAAUACAAUCACAAACGACCCACGCCCCAAGACCCCCCGCUCUUCUACCCCUCCUUCCCCAUCCCCUUCCCCCUCCCCCACCGACCCCCCCUCCCCCUUCCUCUACCAAGACACCUCAAACGCAGGGUACUCGCCCUGGCUCGUCCGCGUGGUCCUGGACCUGUACGACGUGCGGGGGCUGGCGUGGACGCUGAUUGCGGAGCCUGUGGAGAGGAUUUGGGGGGUGCGGACGAGUAGUGGGGAGGUGUUUGGGAUUUUGCUUGGGAAUGGGAGGGUGGGGGGGAGGAGGUGGUGGGAUUAG